AUGUCGGAGCUGGUAGAAGAGCCAGACUUAACGACGGCUACUGAUCGAUCAGUGCGUUCGGUGUUUGGCAAUUUUCGUCAGUUGUUCAGUAGUUGCAGUUUUAUGCGACGGAAGAGCAGUGGUGUUCAAAUUGACGACAAAUUACAGCAGUUGCACCAACAACUAUCUACAGAAAAUGACGACCGUUCGCGUCGAAGUAAGGAGAGAACCGCAACAACUGGAACUGGCGGAACGGCCGUGGCAAACGCUGCAGAUCGAAUGUCCAAACGUGUCGCAUCAGCGUCAUUGGCAAUCCGACCACAGGCGAAGUCGUCGGAUUUGAUGUGUGUAUGUGAUUCGAUUGAUGGAAAUACUAUCACAAAGUUCACGAGUCAACCAGUUGGAAUCGAAAAGCGCGAAUGGAUCGCUCACAACGUAUUAGGACUAUUCGAGCAUGUCAACGCAUUGUGCGGAACAUUGACGGAGGUGUGCACCCAACAAUCGUGUCCUCACAUGAGCUAUCCCGGUACAAGCAAAGCGAUCUAUCAGGAUGAACGAGGAAAACGUCAAGUGUAUCCAGCAAUGCAGUAUAUCGACUGUGUUAUAACACAAUGUGAGACAAUGAGUCGACAGGAAGAGAUAUUCCCCACCAAAUAUGGAAACAAGUUCAACGACAGCUUCGAACCAGCGGUCAAGAAAAUGCUCCGUCAUUUAUUCCAUUGUAUGGGUCACAUGUAUCUGAAACAUUGGGAUGUCCUCGGCGCCCUGCAACUGAGUCCCCAGUGUGCCAUGGUGUUCGCCCAUAUUGCGGAGAUGGGAAGGAUUUUCAAUUUGCUGGAUCCUAAAGAUCAGGAGCAAGUUGAUGAAUGUGUGAUAGAGGUUCGCCCAAUUCUUCCAAUAAUCUCACAAACUCUAUCGCUGGACGACCCGGAUCAUCCAAACGACAGUGAUCGCUCAAUACGUGUACCAUCAUCGAAAAGUGGUAGCUGGGGAGGAUACCCAUCACCGGCAGUGCUCUCAUGCAAGGCGUACGCUCAGACAUGCUGA